AUGAACAAGCUGAUGGAUCGGGUCAUAGGUUUUGACCUGGAGCCUCAGGUAUUCGUUUACUUGGAUGACAUUGUCAUCGCUACAAAGACAUUCGCUGAACACUUGAGGUUACUGAAAUUAGUAGCAGAGAGACUCAACAAGGGAAAUCUAACCAUAUCGCUAGACAAGAGCAGAUUUUGUCGAAAGCAAGUCUCGUACCUAGGAUAUUUGUUAACCGAAGAGGGGGUAGCUAUCGAUAAUUCCAGGAUUGCUCCUAUUCUAGAUUAUGCUAGACCACGCAGUGUAAAAGACAUUCGCAGACUAUUGGGUCUUGCAGGCUUUUACCAGCGUUUUAUAAAAGAGUACAGCCGGAUAGUAACACCGAUUUCCGAUCUUCUUAAGAAAAGUAAGCAGAAGUUCGUGUGGACCGAAGCCGCGGAAGGAGCCUUUAACGAACUUAAAUCAGCCUUAGUUUCAGCUCCGAUUCUAGGGAAUCCUAGUUUCGACCAUCCGUUUGUCAUCGAGUCAGACGCUUCCGACAAUGCGGUCGGAGCGGCGUUGAUUCAGCACAUUGAAGGAGAACCUCGCGUUAUUGCCUACUUCAGCAAAAAACUGAGUAGUACACAACGCAAAUAUGCUGCUGUUGAGAAAGAAUGCCUCGGAGUGCUGCUUGCUAUAGAGCACUUUCGUCAUUAUGUGGAAGGGACACGUUUUAAGAUAGUCACGGAUGCGAGAAGUUUAACUUGGCUCUUCACAAUGGGGGUAGGGACGGGCAAUGCCAAACUCUUGCGAUGGGCCCUUAAAAUCCAGUCCUACGAUAUAGAGCUGGAAUAUCGGAAAGGACGUAACAACAUCCUUGCGGAUUGCUUGUCCAGAUCGGUGGAAGCAAUUAACUCUGUAUCUACAGACGAAAAGUAUGAAGAACUGUUGGAGAAAAUUUGCAAAAAUCCGGCAGAUUAUCCUCACUUUCACGUAGUCGAUGGAACAAUUUUGAAGUAUGCGAAGGUAGAAGGACGUAUUGAAGACCCGAGAUUCCAAUGGAAGAGGUAUCCGAAGAAAACAGAACACCUGGAGAUCAUUCAAUCGAUUCACGACCAAGCUCACCUGGGUACUGAAAAGACACUAGCGGCAGUGAAAGAGCGGGAAGCUUCAGCAGAAUCCUUAAGCCAAUUCGUAGAAACAUUCAUAUUCCUUUUAUUCGGAGUCCCAGAGGUCAUUCUAACCGACAACGGAUCUCAAUUUGUUUCGAGCACCUUUGAAAACCUUUUGACUAAGUACGGCGUAACUCACUGGAAGACUCCCUAUUACCAUCCGCAGGUGAAUGAUUCGGAACGAGUCAACCGAGUCAUAACGACAGCUAUAAGAGCCUCUAUAAAGAAGGAGCAUAAAGAGUGGGCGAACAACAUUCAGGCGAUUGCUAACGCGGUUCGAAAUUCAGUGCACGAGGCCACUCGCUACACCCCCUAUUUCCUACUGUUUGGGAGGAAUAAAGUGUCGAAUGGACAAGAAUAUCGGCAGCUAAGAGAUGCUCCUGGUAACAACGAUGGUCAACUGGGUAAGGAAGAAAGGGACCAAUUGUUCGACGACGUCCGGAAGAACCUAAAAACUGCGUACGAGAAACAUGCAAGUUACUACAAUCUGCGUUCGAAUUCUAACUGCGCAACCUACAGCGUGGGAGAAACAGUUCUUAAAAAAAAUACUGAGCAAUCCGACAAAGGGAAGGGUUUCUGUGGGAAACUGGCCCCAAAAUUUGUCCAAGCAAUUAAGCAAGAGCGAGUUCGACGGUUAAUCCGAAGGACGAUGACCUACCUAUCCAGAAACUCGGAGCCUGAGUGCGUUGAUGAGCAGUACUUAUUGGAAGAAAAGCGUGAGUCCGAGUGUGGGGAAAUCCGGACGCUGAUCGCCUAA